AAUCGGCAUCCACGGCAUAGAAACGGAACGGCGUAAAAAUAUUUUGUGGAAUUUCAGUAAAUAUUCAAGCGUAAUUCGCAUCCAAAAUGCCGUACGCGAAUCAACCUUCGGUCACGAUUACCGAACUUACGGAUGAAAAUGUGAAAUUUGUGGUGGAAGACACGGAAUUAAGCGUCACAAACAGUUUGCGCCGAGUUUUCAUUGCCGAAACACCGACACUAGCCAUCGAUUGGGUCCAACUGGAGUCGAACACAACGGUACUAGCCGAUGAAUUUCUUGCUCAUCGUGUUGGGCUGAUUCCACUGAUUUCCGACGAAGUGGUAGAGCGGAUGCAAUACAGCAGAGACUGCACCUGUUUGGAUUUCUGCACCGAGUGCAGUGUGGAGUUCACGUUGGAUGUUAAAUGUAACGACGAGCAUACGAGGCACGUAACGACGGCCGAUCUUAAAUCGAGCGACCCUCGAGUGCUACCUGUUACCUCCCGACAUCGUGACGACGAAGAUAAUGAAUAUGGGGAAGGAACUGACGAAAUUUUAAUUAUCAAGUUACGAAAAGGACAGGAAUUAAAGCUUCGUGCUUACGCUAAAAAGGGUUUUGGCAAAGAACACGCCAAAUGGAACCCAACCUGCGGCGUAUGCUUCGAGUACGAUCCUGACAAUUCGAUGCGACACACGCUUUUUCCGAAGCCGGAUGAGUGGCCGAAGUCGGAACACACUGAACUGGAGGAUGAUAAGUACGAGGCGGACUUCAACUGGGAGGCUAGACCGAACAAGUUCUUUUUUAAUGUGGAGUCUUCGGGAGCCCUUAAACCGGAAAAUAUUGUUAUGAUGGGUGUGCAGGUGCUGAAGAACAAGCUUUCCAAUUUGCAGACACAGCUUAGCCACGAGACUCAAACAGACGCAUUGGCUAUUUAAGCAUGUUGUCUAAAAUAUCAAAUUUAAACUAUUAUUAAACUUCAUUAUUAGAAUAGAACAGUAAGUGUACGCCGUGUUUCUAAUAAAUUGAAUAUAAAGAAAUGCUUUACUGGACA